GCAUAAAAACCAAUGAACUGAUGCCAGAUAUCCAUCGAGUAUUCAUCCACGACGUGGCAGAGGUUGAGAGGCAAUGAUCUUAUACCUUUCCGAUACAAUUCCGCACGUGAUUACCACCCAGUGAAAAUUAUUGCAUCGGCACAACGAGGUUAAGCAAAAAAUUCCGGGAUUUCCAGGCGGACUUGAAAUCUAAAUUGAGACGGUUUAAUAACUUAUUUGUACAUUGCAAGUUUAGAUCCGCGUAGCGUAGCCUUGCAGUUGCGUACAAUUUCCUCUCGCUUUCUUUUAUCGCUCGUAUAUUCCCGUCGCCUCUUUGAGGGAAGCAUCUCCUUCGUCGGCUCGAAACUACUACGCUUUUGUAGUCCUUAACCCUAAAAAGUUUUCAAUUUCCCCUUUUCCAUAAACCACCUCGUUGGAAUCUAUGGCCACUAAACCACUCAGUCGUGAGGAAAUUGCUAAUACAGAAAAGAAACUUGAUAUGCCUUUAGAUGACAUCAUCAAAAUGUCUAAAAAUACAACUAAGGUUAAGAAGCAGCAAAGGCCUCCGAAUAAAAGUCAGAUAGUUUUUAACAAUGCUGCACAACAGAAAUCUGUGAAGGUGCAGCGCUAUAUGAAUUCACGACCAUUUGUUCGACAGGGGGCUUUAGCUCAAAGAAGGUCAAAUUUCCAAGGGAACCAAUUUCCUGUAACAACUGAGUUUGCAAGGAAGGCUGCAGUUGCUUCUUUUCGCAGUAGGCCUUUUGUUCGUAAUGGGUUGGCAAAUUCAGACAAAGCAAGGACAGGAGCUUUUACGGUUCAGAGGAGGGCAGCAAAUGGAGGCUUGGCUGCGAAGUCACCACAGCGGCAGCAGCUGCAACAACAACAAGGGGAUGCAGGGGCUAAGCCAAGGCCUCAAACACUGGAUUCACGGUUUGCCAACAUGAAAGAGGAGAGGAUGAGGAUCUUGACACGGAAGAACAAUGCUGUGCAGCGCAAUGUCAAUGGUGUUCGGCCAAGGGUGCCAUGGGCAAGAGGCCGUUUUGGCAACUAAAGGAUGGUUUUUACUAGGUGUCAACUGUAGCAGAACCUCUUGGUGCUAAUGCAAAGGUGUUGAAGCGGUCUUCUCAGUCUUCCUGCAUGCACAGUUGAGGGAAGUAGGGGUGGCGAGGUUGUCCAAAUGUGAACCUUGUUUAUCCGUUAUUAAAUUUACACAGUUUUGCGUGGUUAUAUUAAACCUCAACUUUGAUCUUCGUUCUUCAUUAGCGGCAUUGUAUAUCAUUACGGUAUGUUAGAUUUUCAUCCUCUUCUAAAUUGAUUGUCGUUCUUGUUUGGGUUUUU